AUGCGGCUGCCCAGCCCGCAGGCACCGCCAGCGGGGCGCCCCGGCCGCCGCCAUGUCCCCCCGGCCUCGGCGGCCGCCGCCGGCGAGGGAGGCAGCAGCACGCCGGUGCCUCCGGAGGAGGAGGCGGAGGGGGCCCGAGAGGAGCAGCGGCCGGUGAAGCAGUCUCUCAGCAAGUCCCUGUGCCGAGAGUCCCACUGGAAAUGCCUGCUGCUGUCCCUCCUCAUGUACGGCUGCAUGGGAGCCAUGACCUGGUGCCACGUCACCAAGGUGACCCGGCUGACCUUUGACAGCGCUUACAAGGGCAAGUCCAUGAUGUACCACGACAGCCCCUGUUCCAAUGGCUACGUCUACAUCCCCUUGGCCUUCCUGGUGAUGCUCUACGUGGUGUACCUGGUGGAGUGCUGGCACUGCUACACCCGCAACGAGCUGCAGUACAAAGUGGACGUGGAGAGCGUGCACGAGCGUGUGCAGCGGAUGCAGCAGGCGACUCCCUGCAUCUGGUGGAAGGCCAUCAGCUACCACUACGUCCGCAGGACCCGGCAGGUUACCCGCUACCGUAACGGGGACGCCUACACCACCACCCAAGUGUAUCAUGAGCGGGUCAACACCCACGUGGCAGAGGCCGAGUUUGAUUAUUCCAAUUGUGGAGUUAAGGACAUCUCCAAGGACCUCAUUGACUUGGAGAGCUACCCGGCCACGCGGCUCCGCUUCACCAAGUGUUUCAGCUUUGCCAACGUGGAGUCGGAGAACUCCUACCUGACCCAGCGGGCCCGCUUCUUCACGGAGAACGAGGGCCUAGAUGACUACAUGGAGGCCAGGGAGGGGAUGCACCUCAAAAACGUGGACUUCAAGGAAUACAUGGUGGCCUUUUCCGACCCAGACAACCUGCCUUGGUACGUAUCCCACUAUGUCUUCUGGGUGGCGGCUCUGCUGACCCUAUCCUGGCCCUUGCGGGUGCUAAAUGAGUACCGCACCUCCUACGUACAUUACCACGUGGAGAAACUCUUUGGGUUCGACUAUGUGGCAGUGACGCCGGCCGAGGAGCGCUCCUUCUGCCGGCGGAUGCCCCGCGUCAACACGGUCGACAGCACCGAGCUGGAGUGGCACAUCCGAUCCAACCAGCAGCUGGUGCCCAGCUACUCGGAAGCAGUCCUGAUGGACUUGGUGGGGCUCUCUGGCUGCACCAGCUACUCUGCUUGCCGGUACGGGGGCUACCGGCAGAACUGCGAGCGGUGCCACAGGACUAUAAGCAGCUCCUCCAUCUUCUCCCGCAGUGCCCUGAGCAUCUGCAAUGGCAGCCCCAGGAUCCCCUUCAGCAGCAGCCGCUUCUCCCUGGGUCGCCUGUACGGCUCGCGACGCAGCUGCCUCUGGCAGAGCCGGAGUGGGAGCCUGAACGAGCAGAGCUGCCCCACUGAGCAGACCCGCCUCUCCAGCCAGGUGACUGUGGAGGAGGAAGACCCCCCUCCUUACCAGGAUGCCCUCUACUUCCCCAUCCUCAUCGUGCACCGCAAUGAAGGCUGCCUGAACCACGACCACCGUCACCUCCACCGCAACGGGUCCUGUGUGGAGACCUCACUGUGA